GUUUUCCAACGCAUUGUGGCAAGAUUCAAGUUCGAUGCGAUAGAUUUAAAAUUAAAAGAAAGGUCCGCUACUGCUUUUACUUUACUCCAUUCCGCUGUGCUCGUAAUGUCCCGUGUAACUAAAAUUAAACACGUACUGAAAGAGCAAGAGGCAGACGAUUUCGAUGUGCCCAAAGAAAAUCAACAAAUUGUACGCAUCGUUGCCAGCCGGGGCAACAACUUACACGAGGUAGAAACAGCACAGGUUGGUGAGGAAGACCGAUUCCUGGUUUCAAUGCCGGUUAAGUUCCGAAAAAAUGUGUGGAUCAAACGGGGCGACUUUGUGCUGGUCGAACCGAUCGAAGAGGGCAACAAAGUGAAAGCAGAAAUAUGCCGCAUUCUAACGCCGGAACAUGUAAAAGUGUUCGAAAAGGAAGGUGUAUGGCCACGGAAGUUUAGCAAGAAGCGCGAUUUGGAAGAGGAUUUGGAUGAAGAUGGGCUGUUUCGAAACACGAACCGCAAAUAUGUGGCCCAGAGUUCCGAGGACGAUGAUGAAGAGGAUGACGAGGAAGAUACGGACGACGAAGAUGAACCAUCGCUGGAAAGACAAAUCGCACAAAAACAAUCGCCUAUGGACCGAUGAAUCAAUACCCCGUUUGUUAGGUAUUAUGCGACGAUGCGUUUAUUGUUUAAUUGUUUUAAGAAGUAUCAAAAUCGGCUGAAGAUACACAUGUCUGUACAU